GUUUGAUGUCACUCAAUCGUCUGCCCUGUGGCGUUGAGCGAUAUUUCGUGGGAUAUGUGAAUGUCAGAGGAAGUAUCGAAUAGAGAAUUAUCGAAACUGUGAGCCAACGAUGGAUAUCGGUUUUGUAAACUUGUGCUGACAGGUUAGACAGAAAAGAGAGUACGGAUCGAGAGCCUCAAAAACAAGUCUGAAUUUAGAUAAAACAGGUGACGCGCAAUGUGGGAAAUACAAAGUUUUGAGGGGUGUUGUAUUGACCAUUGGCCGGAGCCAGCCGAUGCUUGGUCAUCGGUGUGAUGAUGUCAUCUGUGCCUCCUGUGCCUGAAUUCCGGGAUGCUGACCAGUACUGGCAGCCUCUCUUGAGUAACAGUGUCGAGAUUAUUCGGCCUAAACCACGUCGCUUGGGAGACAUGAAUCAACAGAAUAGCGCUAUCUGCAGGAGCUCUAGUCGUGAAGGGUUAUUUGCAGGAACGCCAUUAAAAUCGUUUAAUAGAGAGUUGGUUGGAGGAUCUGCCCCCGUAUUGACCAAAUUUAACAAAGAGACAAGUGUACCAACUUGUGAAAGUGGUAGAAGUACCAGUAAGGAGCAUAUUACCAGUCCGAGCAUUCCAUUGGCCCAGACCAAAACCUCUAUCUCAGGAAACCAUUCAAGUGUUAAUACUCCUACGCAUCGUUCUCCUGCUGGUAGGGAGAAAAUAUCACCUGUACCUUCAUGUUCUAGAGAUACUCCAACUGGUGGAUCCCAACCACCGCGGGUAUCGACAAAGGAUAUGACUGGAUCUCACAGUUCUUCUAAUUUCUCCUCUUUGGGAGUUAAUGGUAGAACCAACACGGAGAUACUUCCUCAUACAACAAGUUCUCCAGGUCUGGUCAUCCAAAGCUCACGAAUUUCUCCUGCUACGAAAGGUGUAGCUACGGAACCUCAGAGUACCAGAAUCUCUCCUUCUGCUAAGUUACUUUCUUCGGAUCCACAAGCUUCAAGGUCUUCACCUGGUUCUAAGUCGCUUACUGUUGAAUCUCAAAGUCCUAAGUUACCAGGUUUGACAAAACAUUUAGCGACUGAGUUACUAGGUUCUAGAAUAAACACGAAUGUAAAAAAUCUAGGAAACGAAGCUGUUGUGUCGCAAUUAUUUUAUGAAAAACCGAAUGAAACGAGACCUCUGUCAGCCCAUUGUUUAUGGGAAAGCCACCGCAUUGAAGAAGAAGAUGAAGGAAUUCCUCCUGAUGGACAUAUGUCACCUUACAUAGAUUCAGCUUCAAACACAGACUGUGGAUCCCUUAGUAAAAGCUCUUCGGAUGGAGAUCCCGUGAUUUGUCGACGACGACCACCCACAAGACUAAAGUCCCGGCGACGGAAUAUUCUAAGCUUUCCAAAUAUGUUUAGUGUAGACGAUUCUAAGGUUUUGCAAAGACGUCAAGAAUUUUAUGGAGGAUCAUCUAGUGAUGAAAAUAGGUCAUCUGGACAUGCUAGUAUGAGCGACGGCCAAUCGUCUCAUGUGAGUUCAUCACCCACUGAAGGAUCCAUGAUGAGAAAUCACGUUGAUAUAGAUAGGCAUGAUCUCCAUGGAAAUGAUGAUUGCCAAACAGAUCAUCUACACAGAAGUGACAAUAAAACCUUGACAGCACGAGAAACCUCACUGAAGGCAGUUCCAGAGGACGAAAAGCUGAUUACUCAUGGUUCUCACCAUUCGGGAUUAAAUAAACCAUCUGGUCGACGUUCUACAGCAUCUCGAAGAAACCACAGAGUUGCUAUGGCCAGAGAGGACUUGACACUUCAUUUAGAAGGGGCGUCUGGAUUAGAAGACAUACGUCAUGCUAUCGAACAGCUUUCAGUUCGCACACACGGAUCUCGUACAAGCUAUUCCACGUCCACUUAUUCUUCUAUGAGUGGAAGUGAAUCGGAACCUGUUCGAAGGCUUAUACGUCACUCCAGUCUUGAGACUAUAAACACAAACAUUACAAGUGCUGAUGAAUUUGUAUGGCUUGACAGUCACAGUCGUUUGGUGGAGCUGCAGCAGCUUCCCUGGUCUAAUCACGAUGUUCUGAGAGUAAUUCAAAAUGGACGCUUGAAAGAGUACUUAAGUCAUAUUUCCAUGGAAACUGUGCCAAGAUUAGCCUAUCUUUUACAGCGACCUUUAGUGCGUGUAGCACGUGAAGCCCAGAGAUUCUCUAGAAGUUUGGGAAUGUGUAGCAAACAAGAAAUUAGUGGUGCCCUAAAAGUGGUUCUCAGUCCUGCCUUGGCAGACAGUUGUAUCAAGGCUUGUCACCGGAGCGCUGCCAUAUACACAGUUUGUGGGGACCACUUACGUCUUAGUAAAAGUGCACGCGCGGGUUUACAGUUUUCUGUGGGGAAAUUUCAUCGAUGGAUGUGUGACGUGCGAGUAGGAACUUUCAUCCACGAGUAUUCCGCAAUUUACCUCACUGCUGCCAUGGAAAACUUGCUAGAAGAGAUCCUUAUUAAAUGCCUACCACCAGAGAGUGACAAGACUUUGACGGCAUCAUUGUUGGAAGCUUCUAUUGCAGGCAACAGCGAGUUAUGGGGAUUAUUGCAAAACUUCUCGCAUCUUAACGCUGGAAGAACAGCAACUGGAGCUCUCUCACUUCCAAGAUGGCCAGGGCAGUUUGAAAAUGGUAGUAGGUCCAACAGUUCAUCUCAACUUCAUCAACCUGAAGAGCAACCCAGGCCCUCCUCAAAAUCAACAGAACAUAGUCUUCUGACGACGUGUGUUGGAAGUAUUUCUGAACUAGGAGAUCUCUUGGGUCGGGUUGUGCAGUACCAGGCCAGAAUGACAGGAGUUGCAGCUAGCAAGCAGAGCGUAGCCUGGGGCCCAGGUGCACUCCAUAAUCUGUACUACUACAUGCGCUGUUCUCAGUUGGAACAUUCCUGUUCCAAAACUGCUGUCCAGGAACUAGUCUAUGAAAGACCAUAUCUUGUGCUACCUCCUUUGAUUGAGUGGGUCAAAGUGGCAACAGCGCAUGCCGAAUAUCGUCGUAGUCAGGUUGUGGAUAGCGACGAUGUUGUACAGGCUGCCCGGCUUCUCUUACCAGGAGUUGAUUGUCCUAUCAGGCACUUUGGGAGCUAUGACGAAAAGCUCUACGCCAGGAGGCAGAUGGACGAAUCAGAGUGUGCACGUCUCUUGAGAAUAGAUUUAGCUUUCCGUAUGCUCACCAGUGGUCGCACGGACCUGAUGCCUCACGCCUUGCAGCUGCUGCCCCCUACCAGGAUCAAUACAAUAAACGAACAAGGUCUUACCCCCUUGAUGUUGGCCUGUAUCCGUGGAGAUGAAGCUAUGGUCCAGAUUCUUCUGGAUGCAGGAGCAGAUGUUGACAUUGAGACACCUCUGUGUAAUGGGCAUUAUCAAAACUUAAACCCUGAAACUCAACACUGGACAGCAUUGACCUAUGCUACAACCCAUGGCCAUCUUUCCAUCACUAAACUUCUUUUGGAAAAGGGGGCAAGUGUUGAGGGUGGAGCAAGAUUAAGUGAGGAUAAGAUCACCCAAACACCCUUACAGUUAGCUGCAGCUUCAGGAAAUUUGGAGCUGGUAAGUGUGUUGCUAUCCUAUGGGGCCCAUCCUUUUCUUUCCACAAUGUUGCGGGACUCGUUGAGCUAUGGUGGUGCUGCUCAGCGGGGUUGCUACAGUGCCAUAGCUGUAGCAGCUGCCCAUGGGCAGAGAACAAUACUUCAUAAACUCCUAUCUCACCCUAUAUCUAGUAGUAGCAAAGAAAUGCUAUCUCUUGAAGAAAUCUUAGCUGAAGGAGCCAACCAACUAACCAAUGAGAGAAGACCUGCAAGACUUCAGAUUAUGCCAGUAUCUGUGGAUGAUUUAAACCGUUCAACUACUGGUAGUAACAUCAGUGGCUCAGAAAAUGCUCAGAUCAUCAGACUGACAAAAUCUCAGUUGAAAGCUCUACAAGAAGCUAUGUAUCAGAGCUCAGAGAACAGUCACUUGGAAAGUACACUAGAUCUGAGGAGCAUAGGUGUGCCCUGGACUCUCCACUGCUGGAUGCAGACCUUGGCUACAGCCUACGAGUGUCACCUGGGGAAUAUCAUUGAUCAAAUUCUUCAGGACUUUGUACAAGUCUGGCCUGAGGACUGCAGCUCUCAGUUUGUGGAUGAGUGUUUGCCUUUGCUCUUCACAAUCUUCAGACACAGCAAGAAUGAAGGCACUAGCCUUCUCUUAGCUGACAUUUUCUCCAGUUGCUAUGGAAAAGAGUUCAUAAAAGAAAUUCAUAAUGUUUCUCUUGUUGGAGGAGCAAGAAUUGACCCAAAAUAUGUCAACAAUCCUGAAAUGUCUGAUGUCCAGUUCAAAGUUGAAGGGCGUGUCUUCUAUGCUCACAAGAUCAUUUUAGUAAAUGCUUCACCUCGAUUUAAAGCCAUGCUAUCAGCCAAAUCCAGUGAUGGCAUGCCUCCUGUUGUCCAGAUCAAUGACAUUCGGUAUGAUAUCUUUCAGUUAGUUAUGCAGUAUCUAUAUAAAGGAGGCUGUGAGGAUUUUGAUGCUGAUCAACAUGAUAUACUUGAGUUGAUGGCAGCAGCAAACUUCUUUCAGCUUGAUGGUUUAUUACGCUUCUGUGAAGCUCGAUGUUCUAAGUAUGUAGAUCUUGAUAAUGUGGUGUCAAUGUACAUUCAUGCUAAAGUUUACAGUGCAGUGCAACUACUAGAGUACUGUCAGGGGUUCCUUCUACAGAACAUGGUGGCUUUACUAACUUACGAUGACAGUGUACGCAAGUUAAUCUUUGGAAAAAAGCUCCACAACCAUGAUGUACUCAGUGGGCUUCUUCUUAGGUUACAAGACAGAAUAAAAGAGCGUUCUCAAGGCAGCAAACAAAAUGGUGGAAGUAAAGUCCACAUUUAAAUUCCUACAUGAACACUGGCUCAAAAUUUGUUUAGUUUGUGAAUAUUGUAAAGUAACAGAAAGGCCUGAUACAAUACCAUCUGGUAAAAAAAAACAUAUUUUGACAAUCAAGUUUUAAAAACCAGGAUAAGCAAGUUGAUAUUAUUUUUGUAAUGCUUCAGGAUCUAACAACUUGUGAGAGCAAAUUGCUAACACAAGCCUUACCCAUCCAUGAAAAGGCCAAGAAGUACUGAUACACUCCUUUAUACAUACUUCAAGUUCUGAACUCUGGAGUUUGAAUAAAUGCUUUUCAUUUCUAUACUCAAGAAUACUGAUUCCUUCAAAGAAGACUGCAGAUUAUGAGUGAAAUCUUGUGACUACCUCAACAAGUCCCACCGUAGACACCAACUUGGUACUUUCCAAUACUUUUCAUCAGCUUUUUUGUAUUAUUAUUAUUGUCUACCACUGUUUAUUGUACAUGAGAAAAAUACAUAUAUUAACUGUAGAAUAUUGUUUUAUAGUAUGGGAGUUGCCCAUACAAGUUAAUGGAAAAGUUAGCAAAUGUAAUUUCCCUUAUUAUGGUUGAGGUAUGUUGGUUAUAUAGGUUUAUAAUUCAUGCCUGUUUGGUAGAGCUUUUGCUAGAAACGCUUAGGAAAGUAACAACUAAUAGUAGCAAUAUGUGUGUAGCAUAGGGAUUUAAGAUUUACCUAUAACAUGGGAAAAUAUAACUUAAAGUUUUGUACAAAUUGAAAUGUAAGUCUCUUGUAAUAAUGAUCAACAAGUUUUAGAUAUAAGUAUAUUAGAAAUUAGACUAUAAAAUUAAUUAAGGUGUAUUUUCAAAUCUGGGAGGUUUUGUACAUAUAUAUUGGGAAUAUAACUGUAUAAGGUUUAAUGAUGAAUGAGCUCUUUGCAUUUCUACCAAUCCUAAAAGGGGGAAAAAACUGUGCCAAAGUGUUCAUACCUUGAUUUAAACACAUCUUCACUGGUGAAACUUUUCUUGAAUAUUUUUAAGUGUUUUUAUUUUAUCCCUUAUCAGUCUUUGGGAUGUACCUGUUGUUCAAAUCACUCUUGAGAUGCACAAGCUUAAAGCUAACUUAUUGUGUAAUAGUGUUUAUAGUAAACGUAUUAGUUCUAAACUCUACAUUUUUAUUAUAGGUGAUAUUCAUGAAAAAGUUAAACCAUUAAGGUUUAUAUAGUUGAACCUUCUUUAAACAUGAGCUUGUAAACACUUAAGUUAUAAAGUUUUGAAACACUGUUGAGAUUAUUUUCUAAUAUGAAUUACUAGAGUCAGGCACUGAAGAGAUGACAAAGAAAUAUUGCAUAUUUUUGUCCUCUGAUUGCAUGAUAACAUGUAAACACAUUUUUCUGUACUCUUUUUUCAAAAGUCCAAAACUGAUGCAGAGAAACAACUGGACAUUCAGCUCAUAUACUGCAAGGCCCAUUUUUGACUAUUAAUGAUGAUGUAAACAUUUUAAAAUUUUCAUAAGAAUAAAUAAAAACCUGCACGUUUAUAUAACUCAUUCAGUCAUCUCACAAAAGAAAACUUUCCAACUUAUAAUAAUUGAAACACAGGUCUAAAAUGUCAGCUAAUAAUACACUUUUAAAAGAUAAGCAUUUUACAUCCUAUUCAUAUACAAGUGCUGACUUUUUUUGUAUCGUUAAAAAAAGCAUGUAAAGUAGUUCAUAAACCCUUUUUUGUUCCUGAAAAUGGACAAUGUUUGUGAUAAAAGCUUUUGCAGGUGAACUUACUUAACAUUUCUGUACAUUAAGUACUUGCUUUCAUAGUCAUUUGUAAUAACACUAGAUUGUGUGGGUUAGAAAAAUUUCAAUAUGACAGAGAUUUAAACUUUUUAAGGGAAAGGGUGGGGGGAGGUAUUCCUGUUACUGGUCUCUUUAUAUGUUUUAACUAGUACUGAAAACUAUUUAACCUUGUAUUAUGCAUUAACAAGA